AUGUCUCGUCGCUCACUUUCGCGCUUAGCACCCGAUGACGAAGACCUGCGCGAUACUCCCUGGAAUACACAAGCAGAAGUCGGCUCUCUUUCUCCAGCGGAGCUUAAUGCUCGCACCUCAGCCCGGCGCACGGCAGGACCGUCCGCUGUAUACUGGCCAGCGUCACCAACCAUCUCUAGCUCCACGACGGCGGGAUCAUCCGCUGCAUACUCGCCGGCGUCGCCAAGCGUCUCGAGCUCUACAACGGCAGGACCGUCCGCGGUGUACCGGCCGACAUCACCGAGCGCUUCGAGUUCUACGACCGCCGUCUCUUCGACAUACGGAACCAGACGCACCUACAACGUACCGAGAGGCUCUCCGCCUCUGACGCGCACUCCCACCUCCUCGUCCUAUCGCCAGGCGUCGUCAAGGGCUGGUACAGAUGCGGCCGGCGCAAGCAGCCUCCGACUCGCACCAGAUUUCGACAGUGUAAGCUCUGGGGGAAUCAGCAGAUUUGUUCCCGAUGAUAUGCCCUAUCGUGUCCCCUCAAGUCAAGAUAUGGGCGAAUUGUCGGCUAGCAACUUGAUGCGCCACAAUGCUGCUGCUGCUGCCAGACACUCGUCUUCAUCCUCCCGUAGACAGGAACCUCAAGUAGUCUCACCGACGGACCCUAAUUAUCUCGUCUUCCAUUAUCUCAUCGAGCGCAAGAUCAUCGACUUAAGAACGAAGGACGACACGUUGCAGAUGGUCUACAAGGAACACGACGGCUACAAGCUCCACCGUGAGAGACGGAUGCCUACGGGUACGCAGGCCUACUCUAGCGCCAGCGAACCCCAGAUCCCGAUGACCGUCACCCGUAUCGAGCUCGUUUUCCACCCUUUCCUUCCAGUUUCCUGCCAUGACGACCCAGUCGAGAAGAUCGCCAGCGUCGUACGCAAAUAUCAUCUACCCAUCCAGGAGCUCAUCAUCCGGGUUUUCAGCCAUAGGAACCGGCGGGAGGAGCCUGAGAUCUCCGACCCUGGCCGCCCACGCUUAGGCUUCAAAACACUCAAGCGUUUGUGGGUGAUCGGCGAGGGACUUGGUCUGAGGCGGCUUUUUGAGCAGAUCGUGGACGCGCAGGCCUGGGAAGUGAGGUGGCAGAGGGACGGCGGCGUAAAGAACCCCGUUCAAGUGGAGGAGAUCUACUUGAAGAGCACGUUCGCUGGCACUGAAGAAACGAAGGGUUUGCAAGAGUACGUGAAGCUGAAGUUGCCUGGGACGACAUUUGUGAUUCAAGGUAGCUAAACUCGAG